AUGGAGGAUUAUGAGACUGUAGCUUUGACUGUGGAUUGUACUACUAUUCUACUAAGGAAGCUUCCUCAGAAAUUGAGAGAUCUAGGGAGCUUCACUAUUCCUUGCACUAUCAGGAGUUUUGAAUACAAGUAUGCUUUGUGUGAUUUGGGGAAAAUUAUUAAUUUGAUGCCCUUAUUUGUGUUUCAGAGGCUCGGUCUUGGUGAAGCAAAGCCUACUACUGUUACUCUUCAGCUCACAGAUCGAUCAAUCAAGCAUCCAAGGGGUAUUAUUGAAGAUGUUCUAGUCCAGGUAGACAAGUUUAUUUUCCCAGCAAAUUUCAUUGUUCUAGAUGUGGAAGAGGAUUCUAAUGUCCCCAUUAUUCUUGGGAGACCAUUCUUGGCUACUGGGCAAGCUCUAAUUUAUGUGCAAAAGGGUGAGUUAAGAUUGAUAUUUCAAGGGCAUGAGAUAAUUUUUAAUGUAUUCAAGGCAAUGUCUUAUUCAAGAGUGAGUGACAGCUGUUAUAGCAUUGAUGUGAUUAAUAAUACAGUUUCGGGAAGAAGGUGGAACAGUGAUGCCAUAGAGGCAGUUUUGGCAGGUGGUGAGGAAGAUAAUGGUGAUGUCAAGUUGAGAGAAUAUGUCAGGUGGAUAAACUCUUACCAGCCAUACAAAAUGAACUUCAAAGAGUUCGAACAAGGGCCAGAAAGACCAUUGCCAUCCAUUGAGCAACCACUAGAGUUGGAAUUAAAGUCUCUACUGGAUCAUUUAUGUUAUGCUUAUUUGGGUGAGACAGAAUUUACCUGUACCAUCAGAUCUCCAUUGCACCAGAAGACCAAGAGAAGACCACCUCCACUUGUCCUUAUGGAUUUUGGGUCAUCCUUGGAUGAGUAUUUGAAGCUCCUUGAAGUAGUGUUGCAGCGGUGUGAAGAAUUCAAUUUAGUUUUGAACAGGGAGAAAUGCCAUUUUAUGGUACAAGAGAGUAUUGUUCUUGGUCAUAAGGUCUCUAGUAAAGGCAUUGAGGUGGACUGA